CAAUCAAGUCAAGCCAACAUGCCCACUCUCUCCACAGGCAAAGUUCUCGUCUCCGGCGCCAACGGAUUCAUCGCCGUCUGGGUUGUCCGCACAUUUUUAGAAGAAGGAUACGCCGUGCGCGGCACCGUGCGGUCUGAAGACAAGGGGAAACAUCUCAUCGAGACCUUCAAGUCGUACGGCGACAAGUUCGAGGUCGUCGUGGUGCCGGACAUUACCGCGGAUGGCGCAUUCGAUGAGGCUGUCAAGGGAGUUCAAGCGAUCGCGCACACUGCCUCCCCGUUCCAUUUCCAGGCGGAGGAUCCAGCCGUUCUGAUCGACCCUGCGGUGAAGGGUACUGUGGGGAUGCUCAAGAGUGUGCUGAAGAAUGGGAAGGACGUCAAGCGCAUCGUCGUGACAUCCUCCGCCGCAGCUAUUGUCAGCGUGUAUCCUGAACCGACGCAUUUCAGCGAGGAGAACUGGAAUGACCAAUCCGUUGAGGAAGUGGAGAAGCUCGGUCGGAAGGCAUCCGUGAUCUCGAAGUACCGGGCCAGUAAAACGCUGGCUGAGCGCGGCGCUUGGAACUUCGUCAAAGAACAUGCGAGUGAGAUUGGGUGGGACCUUACCGUGCUCAACCCUCCCCUCGUUCUGGGGCCCGAGAUCCACGCCGUCUCCACCCCUGCCGAGCUCAACACCUCUUCGCGCAUGAUGUAUCAGGGUCUGACCCAGGCAGGGGCGACCGUCGGCGGAGGGAGCUGGGUCGACGUUCGCGACCUGGCUUUGGCCCAUGUGCGUGCUAUUCAGAAGGAGGAGGCUGGCGGGGAGCGCAUCAUUGUCUGCGAGGGAACCUACACAUGGCAAGACAUGAUCGACGCGCUGCCCCCGGCUGCUGUCGCGUCCGGGAAGUAUCAGAAGGGAACACCUGGAUCUGGCAAGGACUUCAAGCAGAUGACCACGUACGAUAACUCGAAAGGUUUGCGCAUCCUUGGGAUCAAGUACCGCACGGUGAAAGACGUGACCGCGGACACGGUUGCGCAGUGGGAAGGCAGAGGCUGGUGAAGAUGUCGCCUUGUAGAUGUCGCCGAGUCGAAGUAACAUGCAAGAUUACAGAAACGCUAGAUAAGAUAAUGCAAUAUGACAUCUUAUCUUUCCGGAAGUUGUUAUCGGUAUGCAAGUUACUGACAUCAUCGGAAAGUCCUGAGGAGACUAUUUCCGUGCAAUACUGGUCACAGGGACCGUUUCCUGCCAGAACCUAUUCAAUCCUUCCGAUCGAGCGCAAUACAGAUCUGGAUAGCUGUGAAUGCCCGGGACAACCCGUUCCCAGUGUAUGCACCUGGUGCGAUGCCCGACAUACCCCGUUCCCAGUACGUACCCUCGUACGAUGCAGUCGGACAGACACAUGGUCACUGCAAACCUAAGAAUAGACAAAUGAUGAGGAAAGCCGGAGGGAGAGACGUGGAAACCGUUGUAUGCUGGGAGCAGACCAAGUGUGCUUCAGAGGCUGGCUCAUUCCCCAGCCAAAGCUGAACCUUCUUUGGCCGCUUUAGGAAGGUUGUCGGAUAUAGACUGUCCUCCGCGCGCCCAUCAAGUUUCCAUCGAAAGUUCACAGCCCGCGAAGCGCUGCGUUAGUGCGGAUUAUAAACCGAUAACGCAUCAUCUCUGUUCACCCCAACAUAGAGACUGGGGCUAUCGGCCCGGAGAACAACAAUAGAGUGGGGACUCGGCAAAGCCCUGCUUCGUAUAUCCUGGGGACAUUUGACGAACAUUCGAUGAUGGGGCGAUGGGACAUCUGUGCGUGCACCUGCGGUUGACUUGCUGAAUCAUCCCUGCGAGUGCGGGGGGACCCCCAGAGCCCAGGCCUCCCGAAGCUCCUCGAGACUUGGCAUAACGUGAUCGAUUAUCGCGGAUCUAUCACAUAAUGAAAGAGGAUCAUCCCCUGAGAGAGAUUGGUGGCGAAAAGAGUGGAGUUUUGCGCAAAAAUCAGGGUGGAUAGUGGCAUCCCAAGAUCGCCGGAGCAGCAACGCGCGUGAUGUAUGUGAUGUAUCGAAUCGAAGCGAAGGGCUCCCGCGG